GACAGAGACACACGUCGAAUGUGUUUUGUGUACAGGAAGAAGAACGAGGAAGAAGAAGAAGAAAGGAGGAACCUUCUGCUUCGUCAUCAUUCAAGAAAAGACGCACAGCAUCGAAGAAGAGUCCGAUGAGAAGUUGCGUGGGAAUGGAGGGGAAGAGGGAAGAGCAGCAGCAGCAGCAAGUGCUGAGGAAAGGGCCGUGGAAGGCCGAGGAGGACGAGGUCCUGAUCAGCCACGUGAAGAGGUACGGCCCCCGCGACUGGAGCUCCAUUCGAUCCAAAGGCCUCCUGCAGCGCACCGGCAAGUCGUGCCGCCUCCGCUGGGUCAACAAGCUCAGGCCUAAUCUCAAAAACGGUUGCAAAUUCUCGGCGGAGGAAGAGAGGGUGGUGAUAGAGUUGCAGGCGCAGUUCGGUAACAAAUGGGCGAGGAUCGCGACGCACUUGCCUGGUCGGACCGACAACGACGUCAAGAACUUCUGGAGCAGCAGGCAAAAGAGACUGGCCAGGAUCCUACAGGCCUCAUCUUCCAAGCAGCACAAACACAAAAGGGAAGUCCCUGUCGUUCCCCAUCACAAUGUCCCUAUCGUGGAGAUUCCUAAAUUGAGCUCUUCGGCGGGGGAAGAGUCGACCUCAAGGGCUUGCUUGGGGGCAAUGCCGCACAUCACAGAUCCUCUGCUGCCGCAGAGACUGCUUCCGCUACCGCCACCGCCCGACUUGCCACACCCGGGUACUCCCAGUGCUAGUGGCCAUUUGGCUCCACAUGAGUUCGACUCCAACGAGAGCCUCUACUCCGAUCCCCACAUGCAAAUCUCGUUCCCUCACAUACCGCUGCCGCAAUUAGGCAUCUCGUUCUCGCCCGAGAGCCAAGAGCUCAUGGCGAGGCUUGACGACCCCAACUAUUUCAGUUUGCUGGGCCCUGGGGAUGAUGCUUCCGAGCUCGUGGACACACAGGGAUUUCCUCCCGACAUGCCCCUUCUGGGUCCUUCCUUGUGUUGUAAAGGCAGCGACGGCAUGAUAGACGGGAAUAUGAACGUGGGGAAGCCGGACAUUUUCUUCGACGACUUGCCAUUGGAUGUACCUGACCAUUUCGAGCCACUCCCGAGCCCAUCGAAGUGGUGA